CGCCCCGCGCGCCCUUCCCGCCCCUCCCAUCCCGCCCCGCGCGCCCUUCCCGCCCUGCCCCGCGCGCCCUUCCCGCCCUUCCCAUCCCGCCCCGCGCGCCCUUCCCGCCCUGCCCUUCCCAUCCCACCCUGCGCGCCCUUCCCGCCCUGCUGUGUGGCGUCGCGUCGCCGUGAGGGCGCGGCGUGCCCCGUGCUCGCGGUUCGUGCGGCCGCGCCAUCGUGGGAGCCCGUGCGCGGCGCUGGAGUGGGUUGAUUGCAGUGCUGUAGCAAAAGUGUUACCUCCCUUCUCUGCUCUGGUUUCUGCUGAACUGUGGAAGGACACGGUAACAGAAAUGAACUUACGAGCUUACGUGGAGUACAUUGAAGAAUUGGGAGGAGAAUGUAAAUCAGAGGUUGUAUUGGAAGUUCUCGGAGUUUGAUUCAGAUCUUGAAAUAGUCACAAUGUAAAGGGUCUCCUGUCAGAGCUCAGAUGCCCUCAACCUCAGUGUCUUCAGUACCUGUUGACAGCAGCAGCUGACUUCUCUCAAGUGCAGUGGAGAUACUGAACAAAGCCCACUUUGUAAGUCAGUGAUCUCCACCUGUGAACUUGCAAAAGCCUGGGAUUCUUCUGCGACUGUGUGGCUGGUCUGUCUUCAAAGGAAGAACAGGAGGAGCUCAGAUGACUUUUGCCUCCUCCUGCGAUGCAAAGAGGAGGCCAAAGCAGAAGGGAAAUCAGAGCCAUGUCAGGUGCCUGCUGAGAUACAGCCUUGUCAGUUUUGAGGCGAAUAAGAAGUUUUCCACAAAUUCAGAAGAUCAUCCGGGAGUAUUUAUAUUUUUUACUGAUGAGUGAAACAGAAAACAGCUGGCAUUGGCUUACAGCACUGUGAACUUGCCUGGGUAGCUGCGUUGCAGAGAAAGCCUGUCCUUUAAGGGAACGGCUUCGUGAAUGCACCCUGCGAAGCAGCCCGGGAAGCUGUCAUGAAAAGCAAAGGAGUGUAACGGGAGCUGUGCAGGGCUAUUGCCCCUGACAGACAGACAGACAGACAAAGCAACUGAGCAUCCCUUGGAGGGGGGGCACAGAAGAAAUGAGGGAGCUGCUGCUUUUCUAGGCAGCUUGUCCCUUGCAAGUGGUAACAACUGUUCUUAAUUAUCUGCAAAGGAAAAAGGCUAAGGGGGCAGUCUACACUUCCAUAGUGCAAAGGAGACAUGGCACAACUUGGAUAACUGGUGGCGUUUCACGAACAUGCUCUAUACCAGUAUCUCAUAAAAUGAAUGCUUAUUCAAAUACCAGCAUUGCGGCUUCAUGGAGGUAUCAGGCAGAGCACCGGUCUCGUCGCCUCAAAGCAGAAACUGCGGAGUGGAAAAACAGCAAUGAUAUGUGUGUGAGAAUGGAGCUGUCGUGUGGAGGAAGAAAUGUUGAGAGGCUUGGGAUAGUUCAGCUUAGGAAUAGGACAUAUGAGGAAGGCUGGCUUUGUCGAGUGGCUGGGUCUGAUGCACUAUAUGGAAGCUCUAAUGCUGAUCACGGUUGUUGAAUACGUGCCACCAACGUCAGAUGAAAACGUCACUGUGACAGACACGGAGUUCAGUAAUGUUCCAGUUCGCUUAUAUUUGCCCAGAAAGCAGUCGAGUGGAUUGAAGAGGGGCAUGGUUUACUUUCACGGUGGAGGAUGGUGUGUAGGAGGAACAGGCAUGAAAGCCUAUGACCUUCUGUCAAGAAAGACUGCAGACCAGUUAAAUGCUGUUGUGGUAUCAGUCGAUUACAGGCUGGCACCUAAGUACCAUUUUCCAGUUCAGUUUGAAGAUGCAUAUUCGGUAACAAAAUUCUUCCUCCAAAGCAGUGUCCUCUCGCAAUAUGGGGUGGACCCAAAUCGGAUCUGUGUUGCAGGAGACAGUGCAGGUGGCAACUUAGCUGCAGCUGUGGCACAACAGUUGUUAGAUGACCCUGAAGUCAAAACUAAACUUAAAGUCCAAGCCUUGCUUUAUCCUGCUCUUCAAACUCUUGACCUCAAUUUGCCAUCUUACCAAGAUAAUGAAAACAAGCCAAUUCUGUCUAAGUCACUUAUGAUCCGGUUCUGGAGUGAAUACUUCACUACCGAUUCAUCUCUUAGAGAAGCAAUGGCCUCCAACAGGCAUGUUCCAGCUGAAUCAAGCCACUUAUUUCAGUUUGUAAACUGGAGUAAUUUGCUGCCUGAUGAGCUAAAAAAAGAUCAUGUUUAUACCAGUCCCGUUUAUGGAAGCUCCAGCCUUGGGAAGAAGUAUCCAGGGUUUCUGGAUCCAAGAGCAGCUCCUCUGCUGGCGGAAGAUGCCAAGUUACGUGGCUUGCCUCUGACGUAUGUUCUUACGUGUGAACAUGAUGUCUUGAGGGAUGAUGGAGUCAUGUAUGUCUCACGGCUUAGGGAAGCAGGAGUUCAAGUAGUGCACAGUCAUGCUGAGGACGCAUUUCAUGGGGCUCUGUUGUUUGUUUCAAGCCUAGGUGACUUAGCCGUAGGACACAGAUUGUCAAAUCAAUAUAUGAAGUGGUUAAAUGACAACCUAUAAAUUGAAAAUGUUGAUUUAACAUGCCUGGCUCAUGCUCACUGGAUGCAGUUGAGGUGCUUAGGGAUAAUAGGGUGGGUCUGUGCAAGCUUUUUGGGUAUGAGAUUGCCACCUUCACUGUGUGUUUCCCGCAGUAACUGGAUUACAGUGUUUCUCAUCUGCUCUGGCAGGCAAAUUAGCUUGGUUCUGUUCUAAGCGUUCUUUCAGUGCUGUCAUGUAAGUCCAGAGACCCCAUAAACCAUCCGUUGCUAUCUUGGGGUUUCUCUCCUGGCCAAGACCAGGAGGGUUCUUGCGCCUGGCCUUCCUCCUCCCAGCUGCUUUUGCACGCUGCAGCCCCCGCUGAGGUCCUCUGGGCUCACCUGCUGACCCGCAUGGGAGCGAAAGACUUGAUGUGUUGCUUCUUUCUGUUGUUUCUUGUUUCUUUCUAUUACUGCUUCAUCACAGUAGGCUUGUGGAAAUUUUUAACAUCAUUGUUUGUAUAUGGAGGACACUUGGUAGCUGUUUGCUUCGCAUCCCCUUUGGGGUCCUUUCCCUCGGCCUCCAGAGCAGCUUUGCAGCGUGUAGUGCUGCUGGGUCCCUCAGCAGUGGGAAGUCGUGUUUCGGAACAAGUGAUGGUGUUGAGUGGAAGUGCAGCAACCAAAUUUCAUGAAUUUAAAAGGCAGUUUGUGAAAACCUGCCAACUGUAUGUGGCUAGUGUUUUUGUGACAUUGUCUUGCCCUAGCAGAGUUCAAAAUAAGCAUCUGAAAACAGUGCUGGAUGGCUAUAAUACAGUACAAAUGUUAAAAACAUAACUGUUUUGUGUUAUUUGUUUUAUUCAGUAGUUACUUUCAUUAAUCUCUGUAGUAGAAGGAAAUAGCAUAAUUAACACUGGAUACUCAUCAAAUAAAGGAAAGCAAAGAUUAUAGCCUUACGAUAGUACUGCUGUAUAUUUUAUUCUCUACUUACUAAAUAAGGUAUGUAUCACGUAUUCUAAUUAUUCUAAAAUUGUUUAGCAGUAUUUUCAUAUGAAUUUCUAAAAGUAAAAUUGAAUAGCUCUAUAGCUCUCUCUAUAAGAGAAAGAAACACAGUUCAGCUGUCAGUCUUGAACAGAUGUCCUCUAUAUCAGUGUUUUGUGUAUUAAAUGUACAUCCUAAAAAUUCAGAAUGAUGAAUGCACAUAUUCAUUGGCUGUUGGUUUUAUAGUGAUCAUGACAAACAUUUACUUCUGGCACCCUGUUUUUUUUCUUUUGUGUAAAAGACCUUGAAUCUUCAAAAAUAUUGUUUCUUCCAAAUGUGUAUGCAACCUGUUUAAAUGCAAUGCAUGUGUAAUUUUCUUUGUUUUUCAUCUUUAUGUUUAAUAUAAAAAUUAAACUUGUCUUUGAUUCUAA